AUGGAGAUGAAGAAACUAAAGCUGUUUCAUUCAGAGCUGCUGUCUCAACUCGAGCAGAAACUGGAGCUAGACAUCAAAUAUCUGACCGCGACGCUGAAGAAGUACCAGAGUGAGAGGAAGACAAAGGUGGAGUCCAUUGAGCGCUGCCAAUCACAGCUGAAGAAGCUGCGGAGGAAGAGCCAAGCUAGUCGCCACCCCAACAAAUAUGGAGACAGAGAGAUGCAGUAUGUGGAGCUGAUGAGUCGCCGGCAGGGCGAGCUGGACUCUCUGGUUGCCGUUGGUUACCGCUCCGCUCUGACAGAAGAAAGGCGGCGCUAUUGCUUUCUGGUGGACCGUCAGUGUUCAGUCACCAAGAUCCUCACCAACUACCACUGCAAGGUGAGAGAGCUGUUGUCUCAUAAGCUGUCAUCGUGGCAGCAGUCAUGUGCGCAGCCAACCAAGCUCCCGGAGCGAGCGCUGAGCCUGCUGCGUCACACCGCCCCCCAGAGCUCUGGAGGAGCCGGACUCGCCGAGGUCCUGCGCAACGCUAAACUGGGAAUCACUCAACACGGAGAACAGAGGCUGUCUGUACAGGAAGUCCCGCCUCUGUUGAACGGUGACAGCAGCAGUCGUCCUCAGCAGCAGCAGUCUCACCAGAACCCCUCCAGUAAUGGACACGCCCACUCCGGCUCUUCAGCCAGCCCCGCCCACUCCCAGCCAGCAGUGGGCGUGUCCGGGUGUCAGUCUCCUCCCACUGUUAGCCACACACCCAGCUCCGCCCACAGCACCCCUCUGUCCCGCGCGCUGUCCAGCUGUCCUGCUGCUCCCGAUCUCUACUCCACCUCCACACUGCCACUGCCCAGGAGACAGUCCAGCGACACUCGCCAGGGACUCAUGGGCUCGACUCUUCCCCGAGUGCUUCCGCUCUGUGCUCCGUCCCGUGUGGAGGCUCUGUUCCCUCACUCCCCAGACUCCUGCGAGGGAGAGAAGCCAGGAGACCGAGGAGGAAGCUCAUGUCUGCUGUCCUUUCUGCCUGGAGACGCUCUGUCCCUGCUGAUCAGUGAACCCAGAGACGGCUGGCACUACGGCCAGAACGAGCGCACGGGACGAAAAGGCUGGUUUCCCUUCUCCUACACACAGCCUUUCCCCAGCACUCCCGGACAAGAGCUCAGUCCUCCUGCCCUGUCGAAGGUGAACAGCAGCAGUAUGGGGCAGUUAGACAGGCUUCCCCCCGCGGGUCAGAUGCUGCAGGUCAGUCCUGACUCUGAGGACGAGAGGAGCGUCUUGUCCCAGCGCAUCAGCACCUUCAGACCGCGACCCUACAGCAUGAUGAACCCCGAGACCAGCAGGAUGAGGACGUCGACUGAUUUCACCUCGACGCCUCCGUCACCCAGCAGGAUCAACCCGUUCGCUCAUAUUCGCCUCAAGAAGACAGUGACCAAUGAUCGCUCCGCCCCUCUGAUACAGCAGAGCCUUUGAUUGACAGCCAGAGAUGCUCCUGUGAAUGCUUCAUGAAUAACCCAAACUCUGAGAGGCAGAGUUUACACCUUUGAGAGAAUUAAGUGCAUUUAGAUCAUUUAGGAUUUAGCAGAUCAAAUGUAUAUUCUAUAUAUAUUACAUUAUCAGAAAAAAUUAAAUAUUCCAAGGUCUUUAUGUAUGAGUGCACUGACCUUUAACAUUUAAUUCCAUGUUAUGGACAACAGUUUCUUCAGUAUUUUAACUCCUUUACUGUAAUGUCUACAAUGAAACAGUCAAUUCUCAAAAAAGUCAGUUUGACAAAACGUAGAUGUUUUUGGUAUAUCUGAUAUUUGUGGAGACGAUUCACAAUUUAGUUUCAUGAAAUAUUCUAAAUUCUGUGGUUAUUUACUCACUCGUGUCAUUCCACAUGCUAUCUAUCAUUUUUGGGUGAAUUGUUCCUGAGUGUACUUCCCACACAGAAUAAGAUACUUUCUCCUAAAACUUUUAUUUUUUAAAAUAUUGAAUAAAGACAAGGUAUCCUAGAGCAUUCUGGGAGAAGCAGGUGAAGGGACUGUUGGAGUCAAAAGCAGGAAAAUGGAGUGUAGUUAUAUAUAGAAAGGCUUUGAGAGAGUUGGAAAGGAUUUUGGAAAAGCAUUGUGUUUGUGAAAGUGUGACGUGAAGAGGCUCUCGCUCUGGUCUCUGGUCUCCCUUCCGUCUGCUCUUAUGUGUUUUGUUAAACCCCAGAUCUCUAAAACUAAAGCUUGAGACCGCGCAGAGACGUGACAGAAGGUCUGGAAAGUGUAGACGUGCUGGAGGACGUGACAGAUAGAUGAGAAAUAAGCGUCUUUCUGACCCUUUUUCACCAUUAUUUUGGGACAGAGAAGACUUAACGAUGUAUUCGAAAUUAACCAAAAAGAAUAUGAUUCAUUUACUUUUGAGUUUGUGUGUUACUGUAAGUUAAAUUGUUUCUGAAUUGUCUUAAAAGUUGCUUAUCGUUGUGAGGUUUUACACUGAAACCAAUCUAACCAAUUAUUAAUGGUGAGACCUUUGUUCACAAAUGUUCGAAUUAUUUCUCCACUCCUGGGUCAGUUUGUUCUGAUACCUUCAUUUAUUAACUUUUUCUAUUAUAAAGAUAUCUUAAGUUGAAUAAUGCUAAAAGGUUAAUCUCCAACCUUAUAUAUGCAAACAUAAUGGUAUACUGUAAUUAAAAGAAUUUUUUUUUUCAUAAAGUAUCAUAAUUACAUUGAAUUUGAUAACAACAUGAAUUUGAUAUUUGAUCAUGUUCUCGUCAUCAUCUGAGAUGAUCAAGAGCAUCUUGAGCUUGAGUGGAUGCAAGAAUGCUCAAAAACACUCAUUUACAGGCGCAUCUCAACAAAUUACAAAGAAAUCACGGAAAAGUUAUUAUUUUUUGUUUUAUUUUAAAUGUCCUAAGCUGUA